UUUGGAUUUAUUAUUCGAAUUUUGUUAUUAGAGUGAAAAUGAAGUUAAAUAAGAUGGUAUCCUCUGACAGGUCCAAGAGCAGGAAGCGUCACUUCUCUGCUCCUUCUCACGUGAGGAGGCGCCUCAUGUCCGCCCCCCUUAGCAAGGAGCUGAAGGCUAAGUACGGAGUCCGUUCUAUGCCUAUCCGGAAGGACGAUGAGGUUCAGGUUGUCAGGGGACACUACAAGGGACAACAGGUCGGCAAGGUCGUCCAGUGCUACAGAAGCAAGUUCAGGAUCUACAUUGAGAGGAUCCAGAGAGAGAAGGCUAACGGUGCCACCACAAAUGUUGGUAUCCACCCCAGCAAGGUCACCAUUGUCAAGCUGAAGAUGGACAAGGACAGGAAGGCCAUCAUUGACAGGAGAGCUAAGGGUAGAGCCGAGGCCCUUGGAAAGGAUAAGGGCAAGUACACUGAUGAAUCUGCUGCCGCAAUGGAGACUGCUUAAACUCUGUCUUCGUCGCUCCAGCAACUUCUUUAAUCCCUGCUUAUAUUUCA